AAAAUGAUUUCUUCUUAAGAAAGAACAAGGAGAUUGGGAAGCCCAUGGAUCUUUGAGGCCCAAGGCCUCGAAAACCGCCGGCUGGCCUUGCAAAGAGCCCAACAAAGCAUGAAUUUGAGCGCACAGAAGGCGUACGUUAGCAGAUACACAUUCAUUAAUUCUUCUGAGUUCUGGCGCACCUUGGCUUCCCGAGCGGGCAAAGCAAGCAGCUUUAUCGAAUCAGGUGGCCAGCGAGUGGCCAGCGAAGUCUCUGGAUUGUUUGCUUCCUCGCUGCGAAUACUCAUUUACACUUCCCGGAAGAUGCUCUGCAAUGGCCGUCUCAUGAAGCACGACGCAACCACGCGGUUUCAGAAGCAGCCAUGACGCUCGGCACUGACCCCCCCUCCCCUCUGGAUUGGAAAUUUUCUCAAGUCUUCGGCGAGCGAAUUCCCGGAGAAGACGUUCAAGACAUUGAUACUAUUUCAGCAAUCGAAUUUGAAAAGAGUGGCAAUUACCUUGCUGUCGGAGAUCAAGGUGGCCGUGUUGUAAUUUUUGAAAGAAAUGACGGAAAAGAUACUUUAGAUCAUUGCCUUCAUCGAAAUGAGUUGGAGCAGUUGGAUUUUACUGCCAAGCAACAUCCUGAAUAUCUAUACAAGACUGAAUUUCAAAGUCACGAGCCUGAGUUUGAUUAUUUGAGGAGUUUGGAAAUUGAAGAGAAGAUCAACAAAGUAAGGUGGUGUGCACCCAAUGGAUCACUAUUUAUUCUUUCAACAAAUGAUAAGACAAUUAAAUUGUGGAAGGUUAAGGAUCGUAAAGUGAAGAUAGUCAAAGAAAUAGACCCUAAUCCACUUGUGUAUUCAGAAAAUGUUCUUUUGGCUGAAAGAAGUUUCAUGAGCAGGCAGCAUCAGAAAUCUGUUGCUAAUGGUUACCAUUUGGAGUGGACAGAAAAAAUUUCUGGGAAUGGUCCAACUCAGGAAGGGUGUGCCAAGAUAACUGAUGUUGGAGAUACUGCUGCCACAAGAUGUCGAAAGGUGUAUGCUCAUGCUCAUGAUUAUAAUAUUAACUCUAUCUCAAAUAAUAGUGAUGGUGAGACAUUUAUUUCAUCAGAUGACCUUAGGAUAAACUUGUGGAACUUGGAGAUCAGCAAUCAGUGUUUUAACAUUGUUGACAUGAAGCCAUCAAACAUGGAGGACCUUACAGAGGUGAUAACAUCAGCUGAGUUCCAUCCAUUUCAUUGUAAUCUGCUCGCAUACAGCAGUUCAAGAGGUUUCAUUCGUCUAGUUGACAUGCGGCAGUCAGCAUUAUGUGAUCACGGUGCAAUGAUAUUACGAGAUGGGGAGUCCCGCAGCUUUAAAUCAUUUUUCACAGAAAUCAUAUCAUCCAUCUCCAAUAUAAAGUUUGCAACGGAUGGAAGGCACAUAUUAAGCCGUGAUUACAUGAAUCUAAAGCUGUGGGAUAUACGCAUGGAGACUUCUCCAGUUGCAGUUUACAAAAUCCAUGAGCACCUACAACCUAAGUUAAGUGAUUUGUACAAUAAUGAUUCCAUAUUUGAUAAGUUUGAGUGCUGCCUCAGUGGAGAUGGACUUCAUUUUGCAACUGGAUCAUAUAGCAAUCUUCUGCGCAUUUUCUCCCAUCGCGGAGGAAGCAAGCAAGGGAUGACAAUUGAGGCUGGCAAAAAUCUGAACAGGAAGCAACAACCCCAUGCUGCUCUUCAGGCUAGAAGGUCUUCAUUAAGCAACCUUACACGUGUGUUUUCCAGACAAGGGCAUGAAAACUCCUAUAACAAUGAACUUGUUUGUGACUUGAGCACCAAGCUGCUACAUCUUGCAUGGCAUCCUAGAACAAACUUGAUUGCUUGUGCUUCAGGAAGUAGUUUAUUCAUGUAUUAUGCUUAAUUUUUCUGUAGCUAAAGUAAUUAAUGUAAUUAAAUUAUAGUUGAAAUUGAUGAGCUUGCUCAUAUUGAUGGACCCUUUUAAUGUACCAUUCAAAGGUUGUUUGAUAGCGCAAGCUGGGAAAGCAGGUGUCGCGUUCUACUACCGAACUAUUUCUUUUUCCCUUCUAGCUCAUGAGUUUGCUUCAUGAAUAAUUCUGGAGCUAGGUCAGUUGUAGAGACAUCAUGCUUCUUCAAUUGUUUAUUUAGUAAUGUUUUUGGC